AUGUUGACCUCUCCGUACUCGCGGCCUAUCAGACGGCUGUUGGUCGCAAACAGAGGUGAAAUUGCCGUUCGCAUUCUGCAUGCUGCUCGGGAGCUACCUGAUCCAGUCGAGACAUUCGCCCUCUACACAGCGGAUGACCGGUCGCAUUGUGAUCUAGCACGACCGCAUCAUACAAUCCAAAUCUUAUCGGCAUCGUCCUACCUUGAUAUACCACUUCUUAUAGAUCUUGCUCGGGAACACUCUAUUGAUUCCGUGCACCCGGGAUAUGGGUUCCUUAGUGAAAGCGCCGACUUUGCGCACCGUAUGUGGCAUGAAGCUGGGGUCACCGUAAUAGGGCCUGGUUGGGAGAAUCUUGCCCGUACUGGCGAUAAACUUCAGGCCAAAAAACUAGCGGAACAAUGCGGUGUCCCGGUCUUAAAAGCUAUGUCCCAGCCUACCGCCGAUAUUGAACAAGCACGAAGCUUUGCUAGAGAGGUCGGUUUCCCAGUUAUGAUCAAAGCUAUUGACGGAGGCGGCGGCCGAGGAAUUCGCCUCGUGCGCGAGUACCAUGAGCUAGAUAAUAGCAUUGAACGUGCGAUUAGCGAGUCGCCUUCCCGGAGAGUAUUUGUUGAGAAAGCUGCAGUGGAUGGAUUCCAUCAUAUUGAGGUCCAAAUCAUUGGCGAUGGCGCAGGCCAAGUCCGACAUUUAUGGGAGAGAGAUUGCAGUGUCCAGCGACGAUUUCAGAAGGUAGUGGAAUGUGCUCCAGCAUUGGCACAAGGCAGAGGCUUGAUCAACCAAGUUAUCAAUUCGGCACUAAUAAUGGCACGUGAGAUUCGAUACCGAUCACUUGGGACUUUCGAGUUUCUUGUCAGUGAACUACGAGGAGAAUACUAUUUCCUCGAAGUUAAUCCACGCCUUCAAGUUGAACACACCAUUACGGAAUCCAUCAGUGGCAUUGACCUUGUGCAAACACAGCUCCUGCUAGCUCAGGGUCACUUGCUAGAUGAUUUAGGUCUCGGAUCUGAAGUCAGCGCAAGAGAGCCUCCACCUACGAAUAGCUUCUCAGUGCAGCUCCGCCUAUGUGCCGAGGACCCAGGUAAUAAUUUUGCUUUGAGCAUUGGUAAAGUGACUGGCUUAAUUGUUCCUAGUGGACACGGUAUCCGGUUGGACACUAAUAUCAACAUCUCCGGCUCGAAUGCACUGGUUGUUGGUCCUAACUUUGAUAACCUGCUGGCCAAGAUCAUUGUCAGUGCAUCUACCUGGGAAGCAACCGUCAGAAAAGCUCAACGCGUGUUGGCUGACACAAGAAUAAACGGUGUCAAGACUAAUAUAAACCUUUUGCAAGGAGUUGUCGCUCAUGACGAUUUCAUGGCGGGGAAAAUCGACACGCAGUGGCUUGGAUCAAAGCUUCCUGAAGUGCUUCAACUAGGGGAAAGCGUUUCGAAGAUGAUCCGAGAACAGGAGGGACUAGGUGGCCCUUCGCAACAGUCUAUGGUGUAUAGUAAUAUGCCGUCUUCCAGCUUGUUAUUCCGCAAAGGUGAUGCAUGGUCCCUUACACUAGAACCUCUUGAAGAAAAUUCAUCCAACCACCCGGAAAAACAUCAUUUGCGCCUUUCCAAGGUUCUACACAAUGGAUUUCCUACUUCCCUUGCCGCUGAGAUUGAAUAUACGACACCGUCCUCGAAAACCCCGGUUCCUUUUCGGAUGCAACUCAAUACGACUUCUACCGCAGCAUCGGCGCUGGUCUCAUCGUCACACCGCCGAGGGGACCCAAAGAACCCAAAGCAUGUGAUUCUUCCCCUAUCAGGAAAGCUCAUCGAAGUUUUGGUUGAGCCUGGAGAGGUAGUUGCCUACAAUCAGGUUCUAGCAUUUGUCAAGCAGAUGAAGAUGGAGUUGGAAGUGAGGAGUCCUCGAGCAGGCAAGGUCCAAUGGACAUAUGAGAUGGAGAAUGGGGAGGAGGAUGUCGCAGAAGGCAUGUUACUCGUGGAAUUGGAAAACGAACCAAAGAUUGACAAUGGCGCCUUGGAAGUGAGAGGAAAGCUGUGA